AUGUACAAGCCAAUCGACUGUCUAGAUUUGCUAAUAGCAGCCGAUGAAAUGCUACUUGAAGAAUUACUAAAAGAAAUCCAAUCAUUCUUCAUUAACAAUAAAACCUUUUGGAAUCACCAAAUAUUGCCCGAAGUAUUAAAUGCUGUGAUUCCAAGGACUACAUGCCACAAACUUUCACAUUUCUGUUUCGAACACGUAAUCGAGCAUGACGCAAGCCUGGUGUUUAAGUCGCAAAGUUUCAGAGUACUUGAUAAAUCGAUACUCUUGCAAAUAAUGAGAUGUAAUGAUUUGAACAUACGUGAAAUUGAUAUUUGGAAUAAUUUGAUUAAGUGGAUAUUUUUUAAUUGUCUGCAAGUUGAAUUAUUUGAUGUAUCCAGCCAAGCAUUUUUGUUUGAUGACGAGAAGGAACUUUAUUCCUUUAAAGAAACGCUCGAUAAUUUUCUGCCAUUUAUACGAUUCUUUGAAAUAUCAACUGUGGAUUUUGUGAAAUAUGUCCAACCGUUUCAAUCAAUCUUGCCUAAAAGUCUUUUCAGUGACUUAGUAAAAUAUCAUAUAAGUGGAAUAUUUAAAUCAUUAAACCCGGAAACCAAAUUUUUAGCACCGAGACUUCCACCAAUAACAAUUGGCUCUUCUAUCAUAAAACCAAAACAUGCUUCUCUAAUUGCAUCAUGGAUAGAAGGCCACCCAAAAAUACUCAAUUCGGACCUUCGCUAUAAAUUCAGACGGCUAUAUCGUUCAAGCUUAAAUGGGACAGCAACGAACCCCUCAAAGGAAUUUCAUAAAAAAUGUGAUAAUGCCGGCCCAACAAUUUUAGUUGUAAAGCUACAAAACAGCAGUGAAAUAAUCGGCGGAUAUAAUCCAAUGCUUUCAGGCUGGAAACGUAGCUGGUUUAAUUCUUCACAUGGAUCGAAAGAUGCAUUCUUGUUCUCUUUUUCGAGUGGGAAAAGUUUAAAAGGAGCUAGAUUGAUUAGGGUAUUGAAAAAAUAUCAUGAAUAUGCGAUUUAUGAUCAUCCUUUUGAUGGCCCUUGUUUCGGUAUAGGUCCCGAUUUGUGGGUUAGUUUAAACAAUGAGAAAAAGACGGGGAAAACAGUUCGAAAGGCGUAUAAAGAGAAUUUGAGGAGGCAGAAAAAUGAGAUCUUUUAUUGGGAUGAUUGGGAGAUAUUUCAGGUAUCCCAUAAUUUUUAA